AUGCAACUAAGCGGACACAUCACGACGCUUUUCUUACUCGCAUUAGUUUUGAUCGUUGUCGAUGCCAACUUCACUUCCUUUAUCGACUACGAAACUACAGAAGUCGGACUUCGUGACAGCAAGGGUGAUGUUUGUCUUGGUGUCACAUUUGCAGUAACUAUUAUCAACCUCAACAUCAACGACACCGACAAUCGAAUACCGUUCGACCUGACUUCAACAACCAUAGACGGCUACUGUGCAAAUAAUUCCAAAGGAGAUGCCUUACUGACAGCCACAGCUGUUCAUGAAAAGAGGAAAAAACAAAUGAAAUUCUACUUUGGUACCGUGAGUGUAGCUAUUGCUUCAUCUUGA